AUGCUCUCAUUCAGAACCUCAGGCUAUAACGGCUACGGUGUGCAGUACUCGCCGUUCUUCGACAACAAACUAGCGGUAGCCACGUCGUCCAACUACGGGUUGGUGGGCAAUGGCCGGCUCUUUGUGCUCAGCAUCGCGCCGUCGGGACAAAUCAUCAACGACAUCUCAUGGGACACCCAGGAUGGACUCUUCGACGUGAGCUGGAGCGAGGCUCAUGAGAACCAGGUGGUGGGUGCGUGUGGCGACGGGUCCAUCAAGUUGUUUGAUCUCACAGUGGGCCAGUUCCCAGUGAUGAAUUUUAAGGAACACACUCGGGAAGUGUUUUGUGUGAACUGGAAUAUGGUCGAGAAAAACACAUUUUUGUCAAGCUCGUGGGACGGUACAAUCAAGAUAUGGGAUCCCAGUCGGGCACAAUCGCUUUUCACCCUCGCGUCGGAGCGGGAUCUGUCAAUUGGCGGUGGUGGGCAGCUUGCGUCCUCGGUUCCCAUUUCUCACCAGCAGAACCACCGACAGAUCAAUACCGCCAACUGUGUGUACAACGCUGUGUUCUCUCCCCACCUGCCACUGACGAUCCUCUCAUGUAACGGGGGGUCUCGUGUCCAGGUUUGGGACAUCAGGUCUCCUCGUCCGUUGACAGUGGAGUACAUUGCCCACUCGGGCCUCGAAGCAUUGUCUUGUGACUGGAACAAGUACAAGGCCAACAUCGUGGCUUCGGGUGGAACCGAUAAAUCGGUCAGAAUAUGGGACCUACGGAUGAUUAAUAGGGUUGACCAGAGUGUACCAGGAAUGCCAUCGCACACGGCCAGAGGUCCCACACCGCUCAACGAGCUCUUGGGCCACGACUUCGCCGUCCGCAAGGUGGUGUGGUCGCCCCAUAGUGGCGAGGAGCUCCUCAGCACCUCGUACGACAUGACCUGCCGGGUGUGGCAAGAUAAGUCUAAUGAGCGUGCUCGUUUUCUCAACACUGGGGUGGGAGGAUGUAGAGGUAUCAUGAAAAACCACCGAGAGUUUGUGAUUGGCGCCGACUACUCUCUCUGGGGAGAGCCCGGGUGGUGUGCUUCCACUGGCUGGGAUGAGAUGGUGUACGUGUGGGACUCUAAGAGACUAUAG